AUGAACACUUCUCUUUUCCGUGCCGCCUCUCGCCCAGCAGCUCGACUGAGUCAGAUCCCCGCAACUUCGCGUAGCAUUGCCGUGCGUCGCUAUGCUACAGCCUUUAACUGGGAGGACCCCCUCCUCGCAUCGGAGCUAUAUACAGAUGAUGAGCUAGCGAUUCAGGAGACAGCGAGGCAAUAUUGCCAGGAACGUUUGCAACCACGGGUUCUUGACGCCUACCGUAACGAAAACUAUGACCGAAAGAUUCUUGAGGAAAUGGGUGAGCUCGGCCUGUUGGGUGCGAGCAUUGAGGGUUAUGGUUGCGCAGGGGUGAGCACAGUUGCUUCUGGCUUGAUUACCAAGGAAGUGGAGCGCGUGGACUCGGGAUACAGAUCGGGCAUGUCUGUGCAGAGCUCCUUGGCCAUGACCGCAAUCCAUGAAUUUGGUACUCAAGAGCUCAAGGAGAGGCUGCUGCCGGGGUUGGCGAAGGGCAAGCUAGCGGGUUGCUUUGGUCUUACUGAGCCAAACCACGGUUCUGACCCAGGAUCUAUGGAGACAAUCGCGCGCGUACAUCCUACCCAAAAGGGGGUGUAUCUGCUCUCUGGGAGCAAGACUUGGAUUACCAACUCGCCCAUUUCCGAUGUUUUGAUUGUCUGGGCCAAACUACAAAGCACUGGCAAAAUCCGUGGGUUUGCAGUGGAGCGCAGCAAGUGCCCUCCAGGGACGCUUGAGACGCCUGCUCUCAAGAACAAGAGUGCUCUCCGUGCAUCGAUUACAGGCAUGAUCCAGUUGGACAAUUGCCCCGUGGCCGUGGAGAACAUGUUCCCUGUCGUUGAGGGGCUCACCGGACCGUUUACCUGCCUUAACAGCGCUCGUCUGGGUAUUGCUUUCGGAGCCAUGGGUGCCCUUGAGGACUGCAUUAACCGUGCGCGAACCUAUGCUCUGGAGAGGAAACAAUUCAAGGGUAAUCCUCUUGCCAAGUACCAGUUGAUUCAAAAGAAGCUGGCGGACGCUGUUACCGAUGCUACGUACGGCACACUGGCAGCAACCCAGGUUGCGAGGCUGAAAGACGCUGGGAAAUGCACCCCUGAGAUGAUUUCAUUGAUCAAGAGACAAAAUUGUGAUCGGGCGCUGGCCAAUUCUCGGAUACUCCAGGAGGUUUUCGGCGGCAAUGCAGCUAGCGACGAGUACCACAUUGCUCGCCAUGUGGCGAAUUUAUUUGUGGUGCAAACGUAUGAAGGCCAAAGCGACAUUCACGCCUUAAUCUUAGGUCGCGCGAUUACCGGUGUGCAGGCGUUUGUGUAG